AUGCGUACGCCAUUAUAUCCAGAAGUGGAAACCUUGAUUAAACUAAAGAAACAAAGCAACAAUGAAUUUUUUCAGCAAAACUUUUGGUAUUCUGUGUGUCGUCUAAUCAAUGGAAAUAUGGAGAUUGGCGAAUUUGUUCAAAAAUAUUCUUAUCAUAUCCCUCAUUUGCACGAAACAUGGGAUGAGUUGAAUGAUUCUGACGAUAUAGACUUGCUGGUAAAAACUCAAGGCAUAAAAAACUAUGGUCAAGUUUCAUCGACUGCCUGUGAAACAAUCGCAACAUGUUACAACAAUUAUUAUAUUGAAAACUUUGAAAAUACAAUAUCCAACUAUUUCAUAUAUAAGCUGCGCACUUCUUUUGACAACUUAAAGAUGCCAGAAGUGAAGUACAUUGUGUACAAUCACGUAAUGGAAACAUUAUUUUCCUCUUGUCCGACAACUAUUACCGCUGAAAACAUAGUAAGCUCGUUAAAUAAGCGAAUGAAAGUAAGGGCUUGUCUGUUCCUGAAAUCUUUAAUGUCACAAAUAAGAAACAUAUUAUCUGCUACUCCCUUAACCAGGGAUGUAUUGAACAAAGCUCCCUUUGAUAUAUUGCCGGCUUUGAGGUAUAUACUUGAGAACUACGAGUCAACAAUUGCCAAAAAUCAGCAAUCACAAAUAGAAGUAGCCCAGCAAGAGCAACAAUCCGUAGAAGCAGUAGUAUCAUUAAUCCAGCAAAGGAGAAGACCAAAGAAGAAGAAGACAAAACAGCGUAAUUUAUCAACAGAGAACAACAACAGCAAGAACGAAUUGCAACCACCAAAAUUUCAAUCACCAAGGCUAUUAAGUUUAUUUCCUAAUCCUGGUUUUGAAUGGCGUUUUAUAAAAGUAGAUGGCCAAAAUAUAGCUGGUAUUUUUGGAAGAAGUAGUCCAAAAAAACCUGAAGAGACGGUGUUUAACUUUGCUCAAAGAUGCUUCUAUGAUAAUUUUGAUCUUAAAAAACUUAAAAUUAACAGGCGAGUUGAUCGUUACUUUCGUCCUUGUACUGUCAAUCCAAAUAGGUCUGAUGUCUUUGUAUCCUAUCAUGGCAAAAACGAUUUGAGGCGUUUGUCGACUGCCGAUUAUUACAACAUGAAUGGCACUGUCAACCGACAAAAGCUAGAGCAAGAUAGAAAGAAAAGGUCGGAUAUAGAGCAGAUUGAAACCCACUUUCCCUCACCCAAAACUGCAAAACUUCAACAUUAUACAGAAUACGUUAUGUAUGCUCUUCAACAUUUUCGAGCGUUAACAAAUUUUUACGGCUUUAACGCUGCUAAAAUCAAAUGGUGCAACUACAAAGGCUCUCAACAAGCAAUUGAAAAUACAGUCAACAUUCUCAUGAAUGGUGCAAAAAAAUAUAACAAAAGGAAAAGAAAGAAAACCAAAAAGAAUAAGCGGAAGAGACGCGGUCAUCAUGAUAAUUAUCCACCAAAUACAGGGGGGAUGAGGUCAAGGUAUAGCACAUAUUCCUUAUAUUCUUCUCCUUAA